AUGAGCAGUCAAAUCUUGACGUCGCGCCAAGCUGACGAACUGCACAAGGCCAUUGUUGCAUAUCUCUCCUCUAGCAACCUGAACAACACCGCCGAGGCCUUGCGCCAGGAACUCAACCUUGGCGACACGUUUGACGCCAAUACUUCCAAGAAAUAUGAGGGGCUUCUCGAGAAGAAAUGGACGAGUGUCGUCCGUCUGCAGAAAAAGAUAAUGGAUCUAGAGGCACGGAAUGCUAGCAUACAAGCCGAGCUCGACAACGCAACCCCAACUUCUCUAGCUCGCCGAAGUCAAGACCCUUCCAGCUGGCUGCCUAGGUCGCCCGCCAGGCAUACUCUGCAGUCGCAUCAGAAGCCCAUAACCUGUAUCGCCUUCCAUCCUGUCUUCUCGACCUUGGCUUCAGGCUCGGAAGACUAUACUAUCAAAAUCUGGGAUUGGGAAUUGGGCGAACACGAACGCACCAUCAAGGGUCACACCAAGGCCGUUCUGGACGUUGACUUUGGCGGUCCCCGGGGAGGGACGCUGCUGGCUUCGUGCUCAAGCGACCUGACCAUCAAGCUGUGGGAUCCCUCCGAUGAUUAUAAGAAUAUCAAGACGUUGCCCGGCCACGACCACAGUGUAAGCGCUGUGCGCUUCAUCCCUUCGGGCGCAGCUGGCGCCCCCUCGUCUAGCAAUCUUUUGGUUUCUGCCUCGAGGGACAAGACCCUUCGCAUCUGGGACGUCACGACUGGCUACUGCCUCAAAACCAUCCGGGGCCAUGCUGAUUGGGUCAGGGACGUGUUCCCUUCCUUUGACGGUCGCUUUCUAUUGUCGUGUGGAACCGAUCAGACUGCAAGGCUAUGGGACAUAUCGCUGACCAACCCGGAGAGCAAGGUCACUUUUAUCGGGCAUGAAAAUGUGAUUGAGUGCUGCACCCUGGCCCCACCGGCUUCAUACCAAUACCUUGCCAAAAUUGCCGGCCAGAAAACCCCUCCUGCAUCUGCCAGCGCAGAAUUCAUGGCAACGGGUUCGAGAGACAAGACGAUCAAGCUGUGGGAUGGUCGAGGAAACUGCAUAAAGACCCUGGUCGGACAUGACAACUGGGUGCGCGCGGUGGUAUUUCAUCCCGGAGGCAAAUAUCUUUUCAGCGUGGCCGACGACAAGACACUACGAUGCUGGGACCUGAGCCAGGAGGGCAAAAUGGUCAAGAACCUGGACAAUGCCCAUGGCCACUUCAUAUCAUGCCUCCGAUGGGCCCCUGUCCUGAUUAAGGAGCCGACCGUGAACGGAAGUGGUGACGCACCAAACGGCAAAACAGCCAACGGCUCUUCCUCCAAAGCAGGCGCCGCACCAGAAGUGCAGAUCCGAUGUGUUAUUGCCACGGGUAGCGUGGAUUUGAACGUCAGGAUCUUUGCCAAUUGA